CGCUGGCUUUCUAAUCAUGUGACUAACCCAGGAACCAUGUAAGAUGGCGGCGCCCGUAUUGCUGUUGCUGGUGGCGGGUACAGAACCGUCGGUGCGACUGAGCCAUAAGAAGUACAGAGCUCUUCUGAAGAAAGAGAAACGAAAGAAAAAAAGACAAUUAUUGGCAAGACUGAGAGAUUCAGCAGAAGCAGAGAAAGAUGCACAGGUUUCCGAAGAGGAAGAGCUGGGUGAAGAAGAAAAAUGGCUUGAAAUGGAAAGGCAAAGACUGCAUGAAGAGUGGUUGCUGAGAGAAGAGAAGGCCCAGGAAGCUUUCAGGAUCAAGAAGGAAAAAGAAGAGGCAGCAAGAAAACGUCAGGAAGAAGAAGAGCAAAAAAUAAAAGAAGAAUGGGAAGACCAGCAAAGGAAAGAACAAGAAGAGGAGGAGCGGAAACAACAAGUGAAGAAAGACAGAGAGGAGGCUGUGCAGAAGAUGUUGGAUCAAGCUGAAAGUCAGCUGGAAAAUGGAACUACAUGGCAUAACCCAGAACCUCCAGAAAAUGUAGGAACAGAGAAAGAUCGAGCUAAUUGCCCAUUCUAUAUUAAAACAGGAGCUUGCCGAUUUGGAGACAGAUGCUCUCGGAAGCAUAACUAUCCAAGCUCCAGCCAGACCCUCCUUAUCAGGGGUAUGUUUGUUACUUUUGGGAUGGAACAGUGUAAAAGAGAUGAUUACGACACAGAUGCAAGUCUGGAGUACAGCGAGGAAGAAAUCUACCAACAAUUCUUAGACUUCUAUGAAGAUGUUCUUCCAGAAUUCAAGAAUGUGGGAAAGGUUAUUCAGUUCAAGGUCAGCUGCAACUUCGAACCUCACCUCCGGGGAAAUGUAUAUGUUCAGUACCAAUCAGAACAAGAAUGUCAGGAAGCUCUUGCUUUGUUCAACGGUAGAUGGUAUGCCGGGCGGCAGCUUCAAUGUGAAUUUUGCCCAGUAACAAGGUGGAAAACAGCUAUUUGUGGCUUAUUUGAAAGACAGAAGUGCCCAAGAGGGAAACACUGCAAUUUUCUUCAUGUAUUCAGAAAUCCAAAUAAUGAGUUCUGGGAAGCCAACAGAGAUAUUUAUAUUUCCCCAGAAUGGACUAAACAUACUGCUAAAAACUCUGAAAGGAGAAAUAGAUCAGGCUACUAUGAUGACUAUUAUAGUCGGCCGAGGAGAAGAAGCAGUCCAAGCUCAGAACACGCCUACAAAAGAAAUGGAGAGUCAGAGAAGAAAAAAAGUCAAAAGCAUAAGAAAAGGCACCUUCCUGAGAGUGCAGGGAGUCAUGGAAGACGACAGUCACGUAGUAAGAAGAGACAGCGGAGUCGGAGUCGAAACAGGAGUUGGACACGAAGCCGUAGCAGAAGUUCCUCUCGAUCAAGGAGCAGAGGCAGGAAACGGUCCAGUAGUAGAGGAAGAGAUAGUUGAAUUACUGCUGAAGAAUGACUUUUCAGGGUGUUUCAGACUCUACUGCUACGAGUUCUUCCUGAGCUAUUUCAUACUAGAUAGACAUUCUAUGCUGUACUGCUUGUCUCCAGAAAGUUAUUUUGCACUGGGCUCUCAAUUUUGUGCAACUAAAGUUCUGCAGACACAGUGACGUUAUCUUACCUGCCUAAUUACAAAUUAUUCUGGCAUGAAGGCUUGAUGUUUAGAUUCUGGAGUAAUUUUGGUACACUCAGUGUUCAACAAUUGAUUUGCAGUUCCUAAUCCUUUCCUUCAGAGGUCUGUGAUGAAAUAGAUUGUGUACUUUCAGUUUCUUGAACUGUGUACUUGUGUACUUUCAGUUUCUUGAAUAUAUUCACUUGUACCACUGAACAAACCCUUCUUGAAAAUGUAUGGUGGUAAAUACAACUAAUACAGCUGAUCCCUUUGCUUGUCCAUGCAAGAACUUAAAAGCAGUUCAGAAUUUAACAGUGCUAGAAUACAGCUGCAUUGUUACUCAAGUAAAAAUAAGUAAAAUGUCAUAGAUUGGAACUUGG